AACAAAAACUACAGCUAGCCUAACACCACUACUCUUCACUCUUCUCUCCAUCAUGGAGAGCGCACCCGCCAUUCUCAGCCGACCACCGCCUCCCUUUCCCGCGCCGCCGCGCAGCGUCGACUUGUCCCCUCUUGAGUUCGUUCUCGCUCUCAUCGCCGUGGUCACCAUCCCCGCCUUGGUCUACACCUUCUUCUUCGCCGUGAAAUGCCCUCCGAACCCUUUCCGACGGCGCCACCGAAGCCCCUCCUCCGGGAGACUCUCCAGCGAGACUGAUCGUGGGAAUAUCAGUAACAGAGAGGAGGUUCCGGAUGUCAAGUAUGAGAAGGAAAUCCAUGUCAAAGAUGUUGUCGGCAGCGAGUGUCCGGUGUGCCUUUCGGUGUUUGUGGAGGGGGAAGAAGUGAAGCAGCUGAGCGUGUGCAAGCACUCUUUCCACGCUUCUUGUAUUAAUACAUGGCUCAACUCCCAGUCCAAUUGUCCGGUUUGCCGUGCUUCUAUCGCCGUCAAGGUUCCGAACGGCGCCGCCGCAGCGUCGGCCAGAAAUGAAGAUCGCCAGCAAGGUUUGCCGGAUGCCUCUAGUUUGGUUUGACGGUAUCUCGCUAUAUAGAUUCUUGAUCUUCUUUUUUCUCUGUUCUUUGUUUUUAUCAAAAGAGGGUAUCCGUUUUGUUGGGGGAGAGAGAGGGGAAUUUUUUCAGCUGUUUGUUUUUCAACACUUCACCGACAAGUUUCGGAAAUAGAGGGCUUCACCCAGAAGAUGGGGGAAUUCAAGGUUAAUUACUGAUCAUUUCUAACACUGUCUUACGGUCCUUAAUUAUCAUUAUUAUUAUCCUUAAUUAAUUAAUUAAUAAUAAUGUAUGUUGUUAAAUAUGGUUAGAGCUUUCUGGGGUAGAGAGCAUUUGUUCAUUUGUUGCAGGAUAUUCAUGCAACUCCUGUCUCGGUUUC